GCGCCGCGGCAGCCGACCCCGCCUCCUGGGCGGACAGCGAUGCUCAGCGGGCUGCGGCCGAGUCACCGCCGAGCGCUGGCCGGGCCGCGGACCGACCGACAGAGGCACCGAUCGGCCAACUGUCCACUGCGCAGAAGGAGCGGCCGCCCCGUGCCCCGCCGCACCGCGCUGAGGCCAAGUCCGCAGAGCCGCGAGGAAGCCGAGGGCUGCGCGGGGAACCGUGCAGGUGUCACUCGGGACGCGGAAGUGCGCUUGCCGUGGUUUGCUUUACAAUACGCUUGAGACUCCCCGACAAGGGUAAUUUGGUCGAGUUCGACGGGAAAGUCCCCUCCCCACCCCAGCGCCAGCCGCGCAGCCUGAGGUUACUGUCCCCGGCGCGUCCUCCGUUGCCCCAGUCCAGAGGCUGCCUUUGAACCCGGGCGCGCGCGAGCGCAGGGCAUCCGAGGCGACAGUCCCGGGCACGGCCCGACCUGAGCCCGGCCUGGCAGGAAGACUGUAAUCGUGGGGUGAGUUAAAAAUAAGGCCCUUCUGAUUGGGAGCUGCUUUUUAAAACGCCCCCUCCCUGUCCGUUGUUAACACGCAGCAAAAUAACAAUAACAGUUGUGCAACUGUGUCUUCCCAAAAGGAACCUCAUUGUUGAACUUAUGAAAAAUCGGUUGGCAGUAUACAGUGUGGGAACUGUACUGUGAUCAUUGGCUAACCAAGAUGGUGACAAUUUAUUAUUUCAAAGACUCAAAGGCGGCUGGAGUCCUACAAUGUCGUAAUCAUAAAAAUGGAAAGCACGGCAACCUCAGGUUGCUACAGAGUACUCUACUCCAAAGUAAAAGUUAUUCUCUGAGAAAGUGCUUACUGCCUUUUCUGUUCUCUAGUUUGCUUGUUUAAACAUUUACUCCACGAAAUUGCUCAAACUUCCCCAUCUUUGAAUAUCUAGCCUCUGGGAUGAGACAGAUGAUCUUUCUCCGUUUUCACUUUUUAUAGAAUACAGCUACCUACCCAGGCAAUAUGAAGAUUUUAUUUGUAGAACCUGCCAUUUUCCUUAGUGCAUUUGCUAUGACUUUGACCAGUCCGCUGACAACGCAAUAUGUUUAUCGGAGAAUAUGGGAAGAAACUGGCAACUACACGUUUUCAUCUGAUAGCAAUAUUUCUGAGUGUGAAAAAAACAAAAGCAGUCCAAUUUUUGCAUUCCAGGAGGAAGUUCAGAAAAAAGUGUCACGUUUUAAUCUGCAGAUGGACAUAAGUGGAUUAAUUCCUGGUCUGCUGUCUACAUUCAUACUUCUGUCUAUUAGUGAUCACUACGGGCGAAAAUUCCCUAUGAUUUUGUCUUCCGUUGGUGCUCUUGCAACCAGCGUUUGGCUCUGUUUGCUUUGCUAUUUCGCCUUUCCAUUCCAGCUUUUGAUUGCAUCUACCUUCGUUGGUGCAUUUUGUGGCAAUUAUACCACAUUUUGGGGAGCCUGCUUUGCUUAUAUAGUUGAUCAGUGUAAAGAACACAAACAAAAAACAAUUCGAAUAGCUAUCAUUGACUUUCUAGUUGGACUUGUUACUGGACUGACAGGACUGUUAUCUGGCUAUUUUAUUAGAGGGCUAGGUUUUGGGUGGUCGUUUCUAAUUAUUGCUGUUUCUCUUGCUGUUAAUUUGAUCUAUAUUUUAUUUUUUCUUGGUGAUCCAGUGAAAGAGUUUUCAUCUCAGACUGUUACUAUGUCAUGUAGUGAAGGCUUCAGAAACCUAUUUUACCGAACUUACAUGCUUUUUAAAAAUGCUUCCAGUAAGAGACGAUUUUUACUCUGUUUGUUACUUUUUACAAUGAUCACUUAUUUUUUUGUGGUAAUUGGCAUUGGCCCAAUUUUUAUCCUUUAUGAAUUGGAUUCACCACUCUGCUGGAAUGAAGUUUUCAUAGGUUAUGGAUCAGCUUUGAACAGUGCCUCUUUUUUGACUAGUUUCCUAGGAAUAUGGCUUUUUUCUUAUUGUAUGGAAGAUAUUCAUAUGGCCUUCAUUGGGAUUUUUACCACGAUGACAGGAAUGGCUAUGACCGCGUUCGCCAAGACAACACUGAUGAUGUUUUUAGCCAGGGUGCCGUUCCUUUUCACUGUUGUGCCAUUCUCUGUUCUCCGGUCCAUGUUGUCAAAAGUGGUUCAUUCGACUGAACAAGGUACCCUGUUUGCUUGUAUUGCUUUCUUAGAAACACUUGGAGGAGUCACUGCAGUUUCUACUUUUAAUGGAAUUUACUCAGUCACUGUUGCUUGGUACCCUGGCUUCACUUUCCUGCUGUCUGCUGGUCUGUUACUACUUCCAGCCAUCAGUCUAUGUGUUGUCAAGUGUAUCAGCUGGAAUGAGGGAAGCUAUGAACUUCUUAUACAGGAAGAAUCCAGUGAAGACAAUAGAAGUUAAUUCAAUAGAAGUUAAUUCAAUCCAGUUAAUUCAAUAGAAGAAUCCAGUGAAGAAUGCUUCAGACAGAUAACUGUGAAUCUAUGAAUGCACAUAUCACAUACUGUGACUUCUGAAGACUGUAAAUGAAUUCCACAAUCAGUGCUUCACUGAGAACCCAUUUGAUGUAUCUUUUCUCCUAAACUGGACAGUCAGAGAGACAGCUCCUGGCUUUAGCUUCUUGCGGUACCACACACUUUGAGCACUUUGUGUGUAUCAUGCAAUGUACUUGCAAUACACAGAACAAAUCUCAAAUACGCCUCACUUUUGGACACAGAAGAGAAACAUUAAAACUUAAGGGUGCAAGGUGGGAUCAAGAAACUUGAUCAGGUCAAAAGCAAUAAUCUCCCUGACAUAUUCCAGGCUCUUACACUGAGACCAAAGAGAAAUCUUUACCUUAGUUUCUUCAUCAGCAGAAUGGGUUUCUGGCCUCUCUCAGGGAUUUUUGAAGGCAUAAUGAAAAUUAUGAUGAAUCAUUCAUUGGUAGGAAAAUAAUGAUGUAAGUUUCACAUAUGUGUAAUUUUACCUAUACUUCGUAAUGCUUCGUUUGAUAGAGCCUGUUAAGCUGCUAUUGAUAGUCAGAGCUUAUAUACUGACUUCUGAAGACUGUACACGAAUUCCACAAUCAGUGCUUCACUGAUACAAAAUCCUUAAAAGGGAGGCACUUUAAAGAAUAUGUAUUUUUCACUUUUCUUAAUAUGUUUCAUCAGUGACAGGCAUGAUAAUGUUUCUAAUGUAAUGGGUAAUUGGGAAAAAUAGAUUAGAAAUAAAAUUGCUCUAAAGAAGUUAAAAAACUGAAUGAACAGCUAAUAGUGGUAUAAAAAACUGAAUGAACAGUAAUGUUUGGAGCCAACAUGUUGUCCCUUGUGUUAGUAAAAGGAUAUUCACAUUCCAUGAUCCCUGGCUGAGUUCCACCUCUAGUCUUUCUUACCCAGCUGUUGUCUAUCCUUGUUCAAUUAGAAAUACUGAUAAGAGAAUUUUUAGAAUACAGAUCUUGUACUCCUUAAAUUUGAAUCCGUCAGCAUUGUCACUCAUAGGAAAAUGAUCAAACAAGCAAGCCAGUCAUGAUUUGACCCCUUUCCAUCUCAUUUCUGACUGCCUUACACUCAUCCUGAGGUCCACCUUGGUCUCUCAAAACACCAUGUGCUCUCAUGCCCCCAUGUCUUUUCACACACUGUUCCAUUUGCUCUUCCUCCCACAUUACACUGAAACUUUCAAGCCUCAGCCAAAACAUUGCUGCUUCUGCAUAGCAGCCUUCUUGACAUCCCUUCUUACUCCCCAGUCCCUACAGGGCUUCCGUAGCUCUUUGUGCGUACUUCAAUCCCAGCAUUUUCCAUCAACUUGUAAUUGUUUCUGCUACCUGACAAUCAUCGCCUUGAGUACUGGGACAACCUUUGAUUACUCAUAUCUUCAAUAAAUGUUUGUUGAACUAAA